AUGAGAGGAUUUAACUGGUUUUCGGAUUCAACUCCUAAUUCAACCAUGAAUCAUCACACUAUAAGAUCUGUUGGGGAUGAUGACAUUGAUGAUGAUGAGUACGUCCCAUCAAUAGAUUCUGAUGGGGAUGAUGAAGAGGAAGAAGAAGCAGAUGAGCGGGAGUCAGCUCGAGUGGAUUAUGGAAUAUUUGCAGAGCAUACUGCGUGGAUAUGCCGUGAGAGUGGGAUUGGCGAGCUUAUGGCGAUGAUAAUGCAAACAAACCUACGAGGUCUGUCUGAAGAUUUAGGCCAAGAAGCGUCGCAGAAGCUGAGGAAUUGGUUAGUUCCGGUUAUUCCAGAAGAUUUUACAGAGAAUCUUUUUGCUGGUAGACUUGCUGACAUACCAAAUCCCGACGAACUAACUGAAGGUUUGAUAUUCGAAAGCAAAGAACUUCUCAAGCUAGCUAUUGGCUUGUGGCAUUUGGAACGUCGAGCAGAAUUCAUCAUUCCUCGUUCCGACCUGGAUAGGAUUACAUUCAAAUGCAAAUAUCGGAAUCGGUGUCCAUUUCAGUUACGAGCCACUCAGCAGGGAUCUUUUUGGUUUAUUCGCAAGUUUAGGCCUGCGCAUACUUGCAUUGGGGACAUGGUAAACACUGGUGUGCGAAAGUUCCAUGCUCGAGUCAUCGCAGCACAUAUUGCAAAGAAAAUGAGUGAGGAUGGUGAAAUCGUGAAGCCGAGGACUAUUAUGGCUGACCUACAGCGGGAAUAUGGUGUGAAUAUCAGUUACAGUGUGGCAAUUCGAGCAAGAAAUGGUGCCGUUGAGAUGAUAUAUGGGGGCACAAAGAAUCGAUCGUUGACAGACUUGGAAAUUGAUGCUAGUGGUCGGUUCAAGCACCUUUUUGUGGCACUAGGUUCAUGUAGACUGGCAUAUACUAUGUACCUAAGGCCAGUAAUUGUGGUAGAUGGCACACACUUUAAGGGACGUAACAAAGGUAUAUUGUUUGUUGCAGUGACGAAGGAUGGCAACGAACAAGUCUUUCCCUUGGCAUUCGGUGUUGGGCCUAUAGAGAAUGAUGAAUCAUGGACGCGGUUUUUGUCUCCAUUGAAGUCAGCUUAUGGUGAGAAUUCAGAAAUGUUGAUUGUUUCUGAUGCACAUGUUAGUAUUGCGAAUGCUGUGAAAGCUGUAUAUCCGGAGGCAGCAGUUUCACUAUACCAGAAAGCAGCUUAUGCAUAUAGAGAAAGUGAGUUUGAUGCUGCGAUGGCAAGUUUAAAAGCUCUUAAGGAAGAAGGUGGAGCUUAUAGCAAAUUAAUGCAGGUUGGCCCGGAGAAAUGGUCAAGAUGUGAUGAUAUAUCUAAGCAUGUGGGGGAUUAUUAUCAAGCUGCAAAAUUGCGCGAGGCAUACUCGUAUCGAGUUAAUUUAGUGCCCCCGCUAGCUUCAUGGACGAUUCCUGCAAACCUUCAAGGUAUUGCCAUUGAUCCGCCUAAAAUCGGUAAUCAAGCUGGACGUCCAAAGAGCACGCGCCAUCGGGCACCAACUGAAAGAACUACAUCAAGACGAAGAAAUGAAUCAGAGAAUGCUGCUUCAGGUAGCAGUAGCCGUGGCCCUCUAACAUGUAGCUUAUGUGGAUCUGAAUCGCACACUAUUGACAUAUGUCCUUAUUUGAUUCCCCGUGAUUGA